AGUUUGGCAUUGGUGUUACCAUCAUACAGCUUUUAUUAUAUUAAAGCCAAAAUAGAAGAACCAAUAACUCAAGCCAGAUAUUCAGAAACACUGAAGCUUGAUCAUUUUGAUGAAGCUGGCUAUACAUUUAUAGCACCAAGAGAAUACUGUAAUGAUGUAAAAAAGUCAGAAAACAACACUGAAUUUCUAUUAAAUUUCAAUGAAUUUAUUGACAGAAAUACUCCAAGCAGUCCAUCAUGUAAUACUGAUAUGGUCAUUAGAGUUUUGUUGGAUGCAGGAUUUACAAAUGAACUUGCUCAGAAUUACUGGAGUAAACUGUCUCUUGAUGGAGUUGUUGCACAAUUUGUUGUUACAGAUGGUGGAAUUACUAGAGUGUUCCCAAAAAGGGCAGGAGAAGAUUGGCUGGAAAAUGCUGAAACUUAUGAAGUCAGCUUCUAUAAAAGGAGUUUAGAUAAUGAUAACUAUAUUUUCACAGCUCCAUACUACAACAAGAGUGGUGCCAAUAGCUAUGAAACAGGUAUCAUGGUAAGCAAGGCUGUGCAAAUAACAAUUAAUGGGAAGCUUCUCAAACCAGCAGUUGUUGGAAUAAAAAUUGAUGCAACCAGCUGGAUGGAAAAUUUCACAAAAACCACAAUCAAAAGCCUGUGCAACAGUGAAAUUUGUGGCUGUGAGAGAAACAGUAUGCAUGUGGACUGUGUUAUCCUUGACGAUGGUGGAUUUCUUUUGAUGUCAAAUCGGGAUGAAUAUACACAACAGAUUGGAAGAUUUUUUGGUGAAAUUGAUCCUGGCCUGAUGCGAAACCUGAUUAACAUGUCCCUGUAUGCCUUUAACAAGUCGUAUGACUAUCAAUCAGUCUGCGAUCCCGAAGAAGAACCAAAGCAAGGAGCUGGACUUCGUUCUGCUUAUGUGCCUACGAUAACAGAUAUUUUGCAUCUAGGAUGGUGGGCUUCAGCAGCUGCCUGGUCUAUCUUACAGCAGCUGUUUUUGAGCUUGACUUUUCCACGUUUCCUUGAUGCAGCUGAUAUGGAAGAUGAUGAUUUCGGUGCCGCCCUGCCUAAAACAAGCUGUAUCACUGAGCAAACUCAGUAUUUCUUUGAAAAUGAUGAUAAAUCCUUCGGUGGGAUUGUAGACUGUAUAAACUGCUCCAGGCUUUAUCAUGCAGAGAAGAUUUCAAACACCAAUCUAGUAUUCAUUAUCAGUGACAGCCAACUGCUGUGCCGCUCCUGUGACCCAAAGCCACUCAUGCAAGCAGAGAAGCCGGAUGAAGGUCCAAACCCUUGUGAAAUGGUCAAGCAACCUAGAUACAGAAAAGGCCCUGAUGUCUGUUUUGAUGAAGCCAAACAGGAAGAUUCGACCGACUGCGGUGGUGUCUCUGGUCUGAGUCCAUCACUGUGGUCUAUGGUAGGAAUUCAGCUGGUCCUGCUUUGGCUGUUAUCUGGCAGCAGACACUACCAGUUAUGACCUUGAUAAACCAAAACCUGCAUAACUUAAUCAAGACCCGGCCAAAACGAUAGCCUCAGUUUCAUUUUAAAAAGGGUCAGCUAUUCAGACAGCAGCAGAACAGCAGUGCUCAUGUCUGGUUAUCACUUGUUGUGAGACUCAUAAAGGCACCCACGGUGGCUGCAUGUUGGAGUGUCAGAUCCUUAAACUUGUGUGAAUGCUGCAUCAUCUAUGCCAUCCAAACAGAAUUCUGUACCUGCUCCACUGGGGAAUCUAAGAUUUUUUUUUUUUCUUUUUGGUUCUUGUAGUAAUCUUGAUGACUUCAUGUAAAAGGGCUCCCCUGACAAUAGCUUAUGUAUAUGAUUUUAAUUUCUUUUAAGCUUUGGAUAUCUCGAAGAUUUAUAUUCUUUUACAUGAAAGGUUAUUUAAAA